CUUCAAACAUUCCCAUAUGCGUUGAAAAUUGCCGUCUUAAGUCAUCUCGGCAUAAUUAUCAAUUCUACCAAAUAGUUGCGUCAAAGCGCAACGUGAACCUCGAAGAAUGCUCCUCACCUCAGCGCAGGUGUCCCUUGCUGUAUCGUCAGGCGUUGUCUUUUUCUUCACACUCGCCCUGUUCCUCAGCGGCUACGUCCUUCAGCAACGGACCUUGCGAGAGCUCCGCGCAUCAAUCAAGCCAGGUCCACGGCCAUCGCCCGUGAUAUUUUUGCCAGACCGCUUUAAGCAGUCCACAACAGAGCUGCCCGAUGGCACCAUUGUUGCCAUUGACGAUGGUGAAGAAGGGAUUCACGACGAUGCGGGGCGAAGUCAAGACGUGGUUAUAAAAGUCGAGCCAACCCUGCCUGACAACGGCACGGGGCAGCAAGACCCUCCCCCAGAUGAGCAGCAAGCAAUUGUACGGGAGCAAUCAGACAGAAAGGCGGACAAACCGUCCGCGGAUAUUGAGCCGACUGAAACCGUGCAGAACGAAGUCCAGAGUGAGAACGGAGAACAAACAGCGGCCGACAAAGACGACAUUGAGCAGGUACAAGAACCGCUUAGUAGGGCUGAGCGCCGCAGGCUCAUCAAGGAGGAGAUUAUGCGGUUAUCACGGGGUCAGGAGCGUGGGUACUGGCAGCGGCGGUUGUGGUGAGCGAGGGUGGUUAUAUUGUCAUGAUGGGUUACGAAGCUGCAAUGUGUUUUGACUUUUUGUUGAUGGCAUUUAUCCUUCAGGGGCAUGUGAUGAUGCAUACACGUCUCGGGUUAUGGCGGCCUCGGCGUUCGUUGAUCUUGGAUAAAGGGGGUAUAGUGGUUUGUAUUUGCAAGUUAGGGCUGAAUCAUCUAUAGAUUGGAAUACAAACAGAUUAGGGAAUGG